AUGCAGGCCUUACGCAGGCCCAACUUAGUUCAAGGCCGAGCUCCCCGCCUACUAUUCAAGUUCAACAACUACCGCCCUCUUAGGCCACAAAUCCUCAAUGCAAACCCUCUAUGUUACGGAAGCCCACCAUUUUCUCGCUUAAUAUACCCCCAGUAUCAGUUAGCCCGAUGCUUCACUUCAUCUCCCCGACUAGCCGAUGCACCAAGCAUUAUUCGCGAUAUACUUAAGGGAAUGAAACAUGACAAAUGGGGCUGGGUAAUCUACCGUUGCACGUAUAACGACGACGAAGCAUGGGACCGCUUUAAGAAAAUGGUCUAUUACUGGUCAAUGGAAGAGAUCUCCGAAUCCGAAUCUCAGUCAUUUGAGAUAGCCGGUUCUAUGGAGUGGACGUUUGUUGAGGAUCGCAAGUUGCUAGAGGGCGCCUCGAGAGCCCAACUAAGAGCUCAUUUCAACGCCUGGGCAAAGGAUGCUAUUAGAAAAGAGCAACCGCGCGCAGAAAACCAUCAUACUUAUGGUAUUUCCCGAUAUGAACAUUUCAUUCAGGUUGAUGAGGCUGCUUUACAAAGCAUCAAAGAAGCGCCGCAGCCACCAGAAUUCGAUUUUGGGGAGGGAUAUGUUAAUUUUAUAGAUGCGACCUGGAAGCCAUUGGCCGAGCAUGCUGCGUAUGCUGAUGAUCCUAUCGAGGAUAACGACGAAAUAUUUGAGCCAAUCGAUGGUUGUUCCGAGGAGAACGUUGGAUGGAUGAGAAUACGAACGACUUUAAUAGGCCCUGAUUUCUACGUCGCUAUAAGCCCUCCUCCCAAUGAUAUAUGGUAUGCCUUCUAUAAAAGGCCACCGGAAAUGCUUGUCUGGUGA